AUGUCCACAUUCAUAAGGGGCCCCAUCUGUGGUACGGACAACUGUCCGUCGCGGCUUUGGCGUAUCAUCGAUGGAAGAAGAACUUGUCAAUAUGGCCAUGUCAUGGAAGGUGACGUAGAAUUCAACGACGAUGAAGAUGACCUCAACGGUGUUGGUGCAGGUGUUAUCACAAGACGUCUAAAUCUUACCACUAACGCCACCGGUACCUUUCAAUCUAGUCAACUCACCAACUCGCAACUGUUACAACAACAGCAAAGGCGAUCUCAUAAGAAAUCCAAAAAACUCAUCGGUCAUGACGCCAAAUUAUUAUUUCUCAAGUCGUUUCAGUUCAUUUUGAAGAAACAGAUCCGCUGGCUCAUUGAUGAAAUGCGGUUUCCUGAGAAAUUCGAAAAUGUCGUCAAGAUAAUAUGGCUCAAAAUAUUGAAGACAAUUAACGAUCAAUCACAGGAGGGGCUUAGACUCCAAUUACACAUGACAUCGACGAUAUCCAUCCUCUACCUUGCAUCCACCCAUUUGUCUCUACCGGUAUAUACUUGUGAUUACAUUAAGUGGAUAUGUAACGCCAAGAUGCCGUACUUCCAGGCAAGCGAAUUACUUCCGAAAUCAUGGAGAAUCCGACUGCCAAAUUACUAUGUUUCCAUAUUAGAAGGUUCGAUUCCCCCUUUCAAUGGCCAAUUUUACAACAAAAUCGCUUUGGUGUGUGGUAUGAUCCACUUCAACCAAUCCUUCAACCCCCAGAUUUCAUGCCAAGGUUUAUUAUUGAAAUUGGUGAUGCAGUACACUCUACCACCGGAGUUCUACUUUUAUACAAAGCAGGUCAUUGAAUUAGAAGAGACAGGCAUCCAAAACCUAACGCUAUGGGAAAGAACGGAUGAACGCCACACGGGGCCAAUAAGCAACCACGCUGAACUCAGGGUCAUCUCUUAUUUCAUGCUCACGAUAAAUUGGAUCCUUUCCUUUGAUAAGGACCGACAGUACACAUUAGAAUGGAUUCUUAUUCUUAUAGAAUCAUUAACACGUCAUACAACCACUAGUGAAUCUAUCGACAAGAAUAUUGUUAACGCAGUUUACCCAGAUAAACCGACUUCUAACGAUUAUUUUCAAUGGUCUGAUAGCGAGACUCUAGAAUACCUGAACUGGAUGGAAAAGCAAUUUUUGCCCACACAAACAAAGUCGUUGCAUAACGAAAGUGGUUCAAAUGAAAUGACAAUUGAUCAGAAAAUUGCUAAAAGGAAACUGUACAAGAUCUUUCCCUUAGAUCAGGGCACUAAUAAUGGCAGUGGAGCUAAUGACUCAAAGCAUCAAUUAACCUUUAUUGAAGACUUACAAGAGAGAUAUGCGAAACAAACGUCUUUCUUGAACAACAAUAAAUCAUUGCAUUCAUCUACUCGUAAGAAUGACCAUCUGCCGACUAGAAAGGAGGCCAUUAGUAGACUUCUAACUCAAAUAGCAUCGCAAAUUUUAGUGGAUUUUGCCAUAUCUGAACAGCAACUGAAAGACUGUGUUUUCAGGAUCAAAAAAGUCUGCCUUCAUAAAAUGAAAUAG